UCCCCGGGGAUUUCGAGGAGGGGAGGAGGGGAAAGAGCAGCCGGCCGCGGGUCAGGCGGACAACCAAGCCAGCCCUCUGCACAGAACGCGCAGCUCCGUGAGUGCCUAGCGUGAAUUCCCGUGGCCUGCGCUCCUCUUGGGGCUGCCCCGGCGCCCUCCGCCUGCCUCCGCCUGCGCCUGGCGGGGGGCCUGGAAACCCCCAGCCGCCAUCCAGAGCCUCGCUGGGAUUCUGCGUUUGCAGCUUGGUACUUUUCUUAGCGAAGUGAAAAAAGAUAGUCUGGUUUCCGGCAAGGCGGAGGCUGGAGGGAGAAUCUGCUCUAUUUUAAAAUGCUUUUUUCGGGGGGUGGGGGAGAGUGGUGAGUGGAAGUGGGAGAAAGCGCUCCUCCGGAUACACUCCCGCCUUGAUCCUGUGCCUCGCGGGACCGCAAGCCAGUGCGGUGAGGCGUGGGGCGCCCGACUCGCGUGGAGAACUCCCCAGGCUAGGAGAGGUGGGAGAGCGCGGUGCGCCUCGUCCAGGAGCGGGGCUGCUCUCCCCUGCCCGCCCCCGCUGGCCUCUCAGGCUCCCGCGCUCCCAGCCCACGCCGCCCGAGGCUGAGCGGGGCGGGGCGCCAGCAUGGGGCUGCUGUCGGGGGACUGCCAAGAAGGAGGCGGUGGCAGCCGCGGCCACGGGGAGCAGCCGGCUAGCCCGGGCUGUGUAGCGGAAGAGGAGUCCUUCCCGGCCCUGAGAGCCGGAGAGGAGAAGGAGGACGAGAGGACCGAAGAAGACUACGAGGAGUAUGUGGACUUUUCCCUCCUGCCCGACGCUCGCAGCAUUGCCUCGGACGACUCCUUCUACCCAUCCGACGGGGAGGACGGCUGGCUGGAGCACGGCGAGCCCGAGUCUUGGUGCUGCUCGGAGGCGGAGGACGACACGGAUGAGGGGGCCGUCCCGGAGGUGGUUUCCCUCUUCCGUGCGGCCAGCACCAACAACGUGGGGCUGCUGAGAGCGCUCAUCCGCAGGGGACCUAGGGCCGAGGAGGUGCAGGAGACCGACCGCAACAGUCGGACCGGCCUUAUUGUUGCCUGCUACCAAGGUUUUGUGGAUAUUGUAGUGGCCUUAGCAGAAUGUCCCCAUGUUGAUGUAAACUGGCAGGACAAUGAGGGGAACACAGCACUGAUCACAGCUGCACAGGCAGGGCACAUAACCAUCACCAACUACUUGCUGAACUAUUUUCCUGGUAUUGACCUUGAAAGAAGGAAUGUAUUUGGGUACACGGCUCUGAUGAAAGCUGCAAUGCAAGGUCGAAUUGACUGCAUCCGAGCUUUAAUGUUGGCAGGAGCAGAUGUCCAUGCAACUGAUCCCAACAGGGGGAUGACUCCACGGGAAUGGGCAUCUUACACAGGAAGGUCUGAGGCUGUCUGGGUCUUCCAGAGACUGUUGGACAGACCCUGUCCUGAGCAGUUCAGUGAACAGUACAAGCUAGACUGGCCAGUAGUGAAGGACAUUCUUGUCAAACCAGCAGAGCCCAAGAGCUGUUUACAGAGGCUUACUGAGUGCUUUCGGUCAAUCUUGUCUUCUCGCUAUGUCCAAGGACCUGAAGAUGGGGGUGUACUUGACCAUAUGGUUAGAAUGACCACUAGUCUCCACAGUCCUGCUGUGGUAAUUGCCUGCAAGACUAUAUGCCCUGAGAGCCCCCCCUGUGUGGGGAAGAAGCGCCUUGCAGUGCAGGAGAUCCUUAGGCACCAAAACACUGAGGAAGUCCAUGAUCAGGAGAAGGCCAGGGUGGAGAACUCUGAGAAGCCCUUUCGGAACUCCCAGGGUGAGGUGGUUCGCCAAAAGACAGACAGGAGAGCAAGUCUCCAACCUUCCACCUUUACAGCUGCCCAGGGUAGCUCUGCGGUCUCUAGGAAGGCCAGCCUCCUACCCCUGCAUUUGUUGAGGAGGAGUAGCGUGAGGCCAGGCUUUGUCAUUCCAAAGGUCCGCAUCAACAAGGCUCCCACUCCCACUUUUCAACCAGAACGAGUGAAGAAGAAGAACAACGCUAAGGAUAAUACCUACUUGCAGAUUCCUAAGUGGAGAUACAAGGAAGCGAAGGAAGAGAGGAGAAAAGCUGAGCAGGCAGAAAAGAAGAAAACAACUGAAGCUCCAAAAGAAAGACGAGUAUCUCCCUGGAGAAAUAGAACUUGAACCCAUGGUGGAGUUCUAGCAUCUGGGAUCAGAUUCCUAAAAUGGAGGCUCGGGAGGCGUUCCGCACAGGCAAUGGCCAUGCGGCAUGGGUCACGCUGACAAGGGAUGUAGGGAGAAGGUGGGGAGCAUACUGAUCGUACACAGGCUCACAUCAGCAGUUUGAGUCUGUCGAGGGAAAAGGUGACAUUUUCCUUUGCUGCUAUGUCUAACUCAGGGCUCCAAGGUUCCUGUAUUGCCUGUCUUCUCCUUUGGUUUGAGUAGAAAUAUAGAAAUUGUCAUGCAAUGGUGAAUUGGUAAUGCUGUUGUGUGAUUUGGUAGCUAAGCAGUGAUUCAGGGAGGCAGCUGCCAGGUAGGAAGGAGGUGAUAACUCUAGCUAAUGGAAAACAAACCGCCCAUGACUUCCUUCCCCAUCCCCGAGGGAAGGUGCUGGCCCCUUUUCAGUCCCACCCUGAACGUGCUCUUUAUUUAUCUCUUCAUUGUGGUCCUUGCUCUUCUUAUGCACCAUCAGCACCACUCAAAAGUGUGGGUAAGGGGAAGCAGGAAGGGAGUAUAAACAACUCCCAUCAGCAUGGCCUGUACCCUAUAGAAGAAAACUCUGGCACUACCUGUAUCUCAGAACCAAUAAGAAAGGGUAGGCAUCAUGGACUAUUUGUAAUGCCCACUACUCGCAACACUUCAGUCCUAUAGAGUAGCUUGGAGAUACCAUAAGUUUCCAAAAGACUGUCCUCUCCCCCAUUCCUCCCAUAUUCAAGGACAGUGCAGUUAAGUGCCUCACACAGUACUCUGCACACACUAGAAACAAUAAAUGUUUAUGAAAUUGAAAUUUAAUUUAAUCACAGCCACCUUGUACACCUCUCUAUAAUAUUAGCACUUCACCAUUCAAAUGUUAUCUUGGCCAAUCCCAACAUUGUCAGGGGGUCUGUCUAUAAAUCUGUGUAGAUGAGUGGUUCCUGAAAUGUGGGCCACUUUCCCAAUCUAUUUUGCAUGAUUAAAAAAAAAGAACCAAAUCCUACCUGGAUUAAUAGGAGAUUCAUGUUUGUUUAGGAUGUCCCAAGUAAGGUCAUCUAUUUUUUUUUACCUCUGGAUUUAUUAAAUUAUUAAAGCCAGUCAGAAACACAAGUACAGACAUUUUCAUAAUAAAAAGAUGAGAGAGUAACUUGCAAGCCUUCACUGGCCCCCAGAAUUGCAGUUAUAUAUAGAAACAGCCACCAAUAUGGAUCUGGGUAAUUCUUAUUCUCUGCCAUUUGGAAAAGAUGACAUUUCUUAGAUGGAAGCAUAUUGCUAUAACAAAAGAAGUGGGUAAUAGGGCUCCCCCUUUUUUUUUCUUCUUCUCUUUCAUUUCUAGCCCUGUGAAGUCAGGGCCCAGCAUGGAUGUAAAUUGCUUGGUUAUCAAAUUCAUGAGAUGAUAAUCUGUUCACUCAAUUUUUGUGCUAUCCAAGGGGAUGUAUAUGCAGUGAGAAAGGGUCACUCGCCCUUUUACAGAUGCCAUCUACUCCAGAGCAAUAAUUCUGUCAAGUAGAACAAAUUUGAUAUCCCACAUUAUUAUUAUUAUUAUUAUUAUUAUUAUUAUUAUUAUUAUUAUUAUUAUUAUUAUUAGUGAGGCAAUUGGAUUUAAGUGACUUUCCCAGGGUCACACAGCUAGUAAGUGUUAAGUGUCUAAGGCCGGAUUUGAACUCAGGUCCUCCUGACUCCAGGGCUGGUGCUCUAUCCACUGUGCCACCUAGCUGCCCCGAUAUCCCACAUUCUUGCUGGUCCCUAAUGAGGAAAGAGGGUACCAGUUGGGGACAGGGGUUCUGUUAGCCAAAUGUUUGCUGAAGGACAAUCCCUACAUCAAAUCAGUGAUGGGUGGGUUGCCUGUAUUGUAACAGUACUCCCUAUGCUGCCCCAAAGGUUGGUCAUUUAAUGCUGCAUAGUUGUCCUGGUAUUUAGUAGACAUGCCUUGCUCUGGUGUUGCUCAGUCCCUUGCCUCAUCAUAUUCCUUGACAACUAUUCAAAACUUGACCAGAUUAUUGAUGCACCUGAACUCCACAUUCUCUAGCUAUGAUAUAGGAUUAGAAAGUGAGAGUUUUAUUACGUUUUUUCCUAGCUUUCAGUCACAAGCAAAGGACACUUUGGGGUCCGCAAACUGAAUGGGAAAACAGUACAGAGAAUGCUCAUGAUGUCAGCAAAAUGGGCCUUGUGUAUUUCUUCUAAACUGUCAAGCCAGCAGGUUUCAACCAAGCAAACAUGUUCUUGGCAAGCCAGAUGCUGUGUUUGUCACUUUCCCUGUUAUUGAAGAAAACAAGAUAAUUGGUCAAAGGAAUACAGUAGAAAAGGCAUGAUAUGGAGCAGAGUUAGUUGUGUGUUGGCAAGAGACAGAGAAGUAGUUGCUGUGUGUAUUUUUGUGUGUGUGUGUGUGUGUGUGUGUGUACAUAUACACAUUUAUGGGCACAUUGUAUAGAAAGUUCAGUACUAGGUUAUAGUCACUUAUCGGGCUAUAAUAUUAACUCCAGUCACACCCAGACUCUGAAAGGAAGGCAUUGUACAUUAUUUCUGCACUUUUUUUUCUCAUGGCUAGGUUGUUUAGAUUCUCUCAUUUUUCUCCCUGCAUAAGCAAAUUUACCAGUACAGCAAAUUCACAAGGCAAGGAAGUUGUCUUCCAGCUCUGUCUCCCUGCUGUAAGGACAAUUUUGCUUCUGUUUUCUAACUCAGCCAUAGGACGGUUAAGGGAGUAAACCUGCACGUGAGAAAAUGUUAUGUCUCUUCUUUCCUGGGCAUUUCAGGGUUUGUUUUUUUGCUCUUUUCCAAAGGAGUUUUUUCUUGAACGAGGUAAUUUUUCACACUGGACUUACAGAUCUCUGUGCAGACAUAACCAUCAGCACACCAGAGACCACACAGACUUCCCAUUCAAUAGUUGACAAUGUCAGCAGAACAGGUUGAUGAAAACUAAAGAAAAAUAUAGAUACACUUGUUCAUUCUCUGCUACUUGGGGGAGUGAGGGACAGGAAUAAAGAAAGAUGUCUUCUGAGGGAAGCACUGAAAAAGGACAUCAGUUCUUAGGCAAGAUAAUUAUGCUAUUUUUUCCUCAUCUGUUUUUUAAAAAACAAGUUUCAUUAGAGCAGAAACUGGCCCUCUUUGUCCCUAUUAGGGAAGAGAAUCAUGGAACUUUAAGUAUGUCAGUUAAGUUUAAGCGUGUCACAAGUGUCAAGCUUGGCAGUGUUCUUCCACUGUUACCAUCAAAAUGGCAUAGAGCUUUGUUUGUUUGGUUUUCCCAGUUGCCAUAUUUGCUAAGGUUCAAUAGUUGCUCCCACAGAACUCUUUUCUUUACCCUCCACCCCUACCCCCACUACAGCCUUUUGAGACUGAAAAGAAAAAAAUGGAAGAAUAAGUGUGACUAUUCUGCAUUUUCUGCCUCAUUUCCUUUUUUUUUUGCCCCUUGUCACUUGACCACCUGUUCUUCAUUGCCUGCCCCUGAAUUCUGUGGCCUCUGCUUUCUUCCCUUUGCUGGCUGCUUCACCCCCAUGCCCAUCAAAAUUCCUCACAGAGUUCCUGGCAUCAGUUUCUCUGGAGGCAAAAAGGGACAUAAAAGUGAGAAGAGAGCAAUAUGGUAGUCCCCUGCUUUGGCAAUACUAAGUGACAAUCUUUAGACUGCGUUAAGUGAAAGAAAAGACUGAUUUCUUCUGGAUCUGUCAUUUGACUAAAUUUUUACAAUUUUCUUUUUGUAGAAAGGAAAACAUAGUAUAUUGAAAUAACCUAGUACAGUCCAUAUUGAACCAAGGCAUAAGAAUUUCCACCUCAGGUCUUAAUUACCAUGAAUAUUGAGUAACUACCUCCUCCAACUCCUCCCCCUCUUCUCCCUCCUUUGUUUCUCACAUACAGCACAUGGUUUGAGAUUAUUUUAAUUUCCAUUUUCUUUACUCCCUUGAGGGUAUUACAGUAUUAUUCACUAAAAGUAAAUAAGUAGAUUAUAAGGCAGUGGCAUGGCUCCCCUUGCCCCACUCCCACCCCCCCAAAUAAGAUUCCUGGGAAUUGCUUAUUGAAUUUCCUUGAUCAUAAGCAACCCAGGUCUGUAGUAGCUGAGGACAUUUAUGGGAAUGUUGCUCUUUGGUUCAUGUGAAAUCAGUCAUUGAUCUUUCAGUAACUUCUUAUGACUAUGAAUACUUUCAGUUAAACAAAAAAUUCAAAUUUCCCCCAAUGUAGAACAUACCUAUUUGAUGGAAAUUUCCAGUCAAAACCAAAUGGGCUUAGAGUUUUAACAAAUACUUUUACCACUUUGGUUGAUUUCUUUAGGUCUUAAAGUAGUAUGCUGAAGGUUAGAACAUAUUUCUGUGUGUUUUCUACCUGUUAGUGUGAAUAAAAUGCCGGAGGGUCUGCCCUGCAUUAAAAUCACUAGGGGAAAAAGGAAGCCUGUAGGAAAUUAAUCCAGGAUCUAUUGGACUUCCAAGAGCUUAAGCACUUUAGUUGGCCACCAGAGCAAGGCAUACAGAAGACUCUGAAGCAUUAAAUAGCAUUUGAAGUUUUUCUUUAUAGUUUUGAAGCUACUUAUAGCAAUUUCCUGGCAGCACUACAUUACAUAUCUCAAGAAUGUGAUGACCUGUAUUCCAGAAGUUCUUCAGUUUGGCCAACAGUUAUAUUUUAGCCUCUUGUUUGAUGAAUUCAUAAGCAUCCUGCAGAAUGUUUAUAAAGUAGUAAUGUGAAUACUCAAGUGGUACUUGUGCCACUCUUGUCCUUGUUGUCAGCUUUCUCUAGUCAGAAAUGGGGAUGCUUUAUGAUGAAAUAUUUCCUCCAAAUUUAGCUCCACCAUAUGGGGACAGAUUCAGGUGCUACCCUGUCCAGUUGCAAAAUACUUGAAUUACUCAGAUGGUGGGUAAAAGUCAAUUAAUAUGAAAAAGAGUCACCUUGAGAAACAGAUUUUUUUUUUUACACUAAAUCGAGCUAGGAAAUCAGAUUCUCCCUGAUGGCACAUUGACAAGAAUAUUGUAUCCAAGGGACAUUAAACUUAGGUAUGAAAGUAGAGAGUUGAUGAUUUUUCUUUUCACAGUUUGAUUUGGUGCCUAUGACAUUUGAAAGGAAAAACAAAUCAUAAAUCAGGUUUGGCUCAGACAUUUCCCCAACUUUAUCCAGAUAUUCUACUCCAGUGUACUCAUUACUAUUCAACAUCAGCACAUUUUAUUACAUGUGAAGAUAAAAUAUAAUACACUAAAAAUCCUUUAUAAUAAUUCUUGCAUAUGACAAGAUACCAACAAUUGCUUAGUGUUUAUAUUCCUAAUAUACAGUAUUAUAAAAAUUAAUAUGGUAAUACCAAAGAGUUAACUCAGGACUAUUUUCUUCCCAUUGUGUAUUGUUGUUUCACUACUGAAAACAAAUGGUUUGACAUUUCAUUAAACAGAAACAAACACAAACAAACUCAUAGUUCAGUCUCAAGGUGGAACUGAACUUUGGCAUGUUGUGUAACUUAUGUCUGGUCCUGGAUCUGCCAAUGACUGAUUCUUUGAUCCUGAACAGGUCACUUGAUCUCAUUGGGCUUCAAUUUCUAUAGCUGUAAAGUGAGAGGGUAGAAGUAGAUAAUUUACAACCUCCCUUCCAACUAUGUUUUAUGGUUCUGUGUGGACAGUCUUAUUAGCACUGGCUACUUCAGUUAUGCAAGUCAUCAGCUUCCCAAGUUUUUCUGGGGGAUUACUAAUCUUCCAGGUUGGGGAGGACCAUAUACUAUCCACAUUAAAAAUAUGGGCCCUUAUGAAGAAAUGCAGUUCUUUUAAAAGUGAUUAAACAAAAUUGGUUCAGCAAUAAUAGCAAGAGGGGUGUUUUAGCCAAGAUGGUCCCAAGCAGAGGUUUUAUGCCUUGAGUAGCUUGUUUAAGGUUGAUUAUGCCAUUUAUUCUUUUUCCCAUCUUUUGAUGCACUAAGUACUUGGUUCAGAGGUGUACAUGACAUCAAUAAGCUACUAACUUGAAAUAACUUUUUUUUUUACCUUGAUGUUUUUUCAUGCACAUUGAUGGUAAAUAACAGAAAAAGAUCACUGGAAGGUGAAAGAAAAAUAAAUUAAAAGAAAACAAUAUGAAUUGGUUUGAUUCUCUUUCUUGACUCAGAUUGACAGCAGUGUUAUUUCAUUUCCCCAAUGUGGAUAUGGGCCUAAAAUGACCUUUAAGGAAGAACACUGAUACAACAAGUAGAUGUUUAGCUGUCUGUGCUUUGCUAAAUAGAACUGAACAGUAUAUAGUAAGACACAGAGGAAAUACAUUAAGAAAAGGCAUUAUGGUUGAAUAUGGGAGAUUAGUGACUUCUGUGAGCUCCCUAUAGACAAUAAAGAACUCUAAAUGUGGCCUGUAGCUGUCUGUGUGUUUGGGAAAAAAAACAGUGCCCUCUAAGCCAAAGGCAACAUGGUAUAUGGAAGGAGCACUGAACCUGAAAUUUUAAAAUCUAGGUUCCAGUCCUGACUCUGACACUAACUUACAGUCCGACUUUUGAGUAUAUGCUUUUAUCUUUAUGGGCCUUUAUGGGCAACAUUAGAAAUUUAAUUUCCCCUUUUUUAUUCUAAACUCUAUGAUCUUGAAUGAAAGAAUUCUCCCUAUGCAAAGCUGUGCCUAGGGCCUGAUCAAAUCCUAUCGCCAUUUAUUGAAGAUCAGUGGUAACAUAACAAUCGCCAUUGUAAUCUAGCCCAUCAGACUCUAUAAAGGAGACCUGGUUUCUAAUUUUGGCCCUAUCAUUAACUCUGUGUGACCUUGGGAAAGGUCCUUCUGUCCUCUGGACUUCCUUUUCCUCAUCUUAAUAAAAUGAUAGGAUUGAAUGGAAGUUUCUCUAAGGUACUUUCUAACCCUAACAAUCCAUGGUUCCUUAAUGCUUCCACUAUCUGGUUUUGAAAUUUUCUUUGGAAACCAAAAUAAGAUUUUGCAGUCCCACAACCCAUCAUCUUGCUUCUAGGAAAUCACUAACUUUUUUCUCCAAGCUUCUCUCCAGCCAUUUGAUCCACAGCAGCAAUCUAACAUUAAGGGAAAUAUUUGAUACACAGUAUUAGAGUGAAACUUGCUGGCUUUUUUUUUUUUUUUGGUAAGGCAAUUGGGGUUAAGUGACUUGCCCAGGGUCACACAGCUAGUAAGUGUUAAGUAUCUGAGGCUGGAUUUGAACUCAGGUACUCCUGAAUCCAGGGCUGGUGCUUUAUCCACUGCGCCACCUAGCUCUGCCCCUUGCUAGCUUUUUAAAAAAGAUUCCGUUUUAAAAGACACAUGAAAAUGACAUGACAAUAUGAUUACAAUAGCAUUUUCUGAUGCUUUCUGAAAUAACAAGAUGUCCCAGUGAUGUCAGUUCUUGUCAUACUGUGUUAAAGCUGUACCUUAUGUAUGUACUUGGUAAAACAUUAAAUUAUAACCACAAGGCAAUUGUAGCAUCAGCCCUUUAAGUGGACAGCUCGGGAAAAGGGCUUAUGAAUGAUAAUAGAGAGUUGUUUAGUUGCUUUAAAUCAUGUCUGACUUUUGGGGACCCCAUUUAAGGUUUUCUUGGCAAAGAUACUGGAGUGGUUUGCCAUUUUACAGAUGCGGAACUGAGGCAAACAUAGGAAUUGAUUUGCCCAGGGUCACACAGUUAGUGUCUGAGGCUGGAUUUGAACUUGUGAAAAUUAGCCUUCCUUAUUCCAAGCCCAUUGUUCUAUCUACUGUGCCAUUCAUCUGCCCUAAUGAGGAGUAUGAUAGAAUAAUAAAAGUACAUUUCACUAAAAUACUAUCACUCUAUAUACAAAUGCCUAUAUUUGUAGAGCUUCAAGGUAUUUUGGUCUUGAUCAUCAACAAUACUAUAAAAUAGCCUAAGAAUUUAGCCUGCCCCUUUAUGACAGAAGUGUGUUAAAAAAAAUCUUAUGUCCAUAUAAAAACAUUUUCCAAUAAACUGUCUUUUCUUUUUUGUGUAGAUCUUGUUAAAAUAAUGUUCACUCUGAAUGUGACUCUAAUUGUAUUAUUGUGAUGUCAGAAUUUUUGUUUUAAAGUUAUGCUUUUGUCACCUACAGCUCUGAAAACAUUUGUAUUAUAUGGGCUCUAAGAAUAUUUGGGGGGCAUAAACUGAAGACACAUCAUCUUUGGUAUCUGGAUUACAAAAAUACUAAUGAAACAGUUUACACAAAUAUCAUGUAAUGAUUGAAAAAAGUUUUUUUUUUUCCUCAAUGCCUACCAAAUAAUUACCUCAUAUUAAAAUGAAAUCAAAGUAAUAUCAAAUGACUGUUGGAGGGAAUGGAAAGUAUGCAUGAGUAGAGGUCAGAGAAAGUAUACAAUGAACCUGUUCUGAAUGUAUGGUAGUGUGAUGCUUGAAGAAAACUAAAUAUUUUAAACUUGAAGAUGAUUGUAAAAAAGUAUACAUGAUUUUAAAAAAAAAAAACUUAAUUAUUUAUAUUAAUUUUAAUUCAAAUAAUUGUGAGAUUUCUUAGUUACUCUUUUACUUUGUUUUCAAAAAGCAUUUAUAUUCUUAAUUUAAUAAGGGUUUUUGUUACUCUUGAUUGAAUUAGCAGUCUUGUACUUUUGGGUUUUUUCUUUCUAUAGAUUUUACAGUGACCUUAUUAAAGCUCUAAAAUCCAAUCUAUAGAAAAGAAAAUAAUUUUGGUAUUAUGUUGUUCAGAAGGGCCUUUGAAUAAAAAAAAAUAA